AUGGCGAUGAAUGGAAAAUUGAAUAUGGAGUCUUUGGCAGAGAAUUUUGGAACGAGUUUAUUGUUGUCGGAGAAGGAGAAGGGAGGAAUCAAGAUUGAAAAGAAGGUUGUUGAGGGUGCUUUGCUGGGCUUCCAUUACAGUGUUGUGGCGGAAGGGAAGAAACCAUGGCUUUUCCGUGAUGAUUUGGUGUUGAUGGUAUAUGGCGUUCGCCAUGGUCGAUGGGUGGAGCCCCUUCAUUUGGUUUCAAUGUGGGUUCAACUACAUAAUGUUCCUCCGCUUAAUAUGAUGGAAGCGGUGGCUUCUGUGAUAAGGGGUUUGAUCGGCAAGGUGCUUAAGGUGGAUAAAGAUGAUGGUUAUGACUACAUUGGUCGAUUCUUGCUCAUCAAGUUUUGCUUUGAUAUGAGACGUGUGACUAGAUGUUGUAAGUCAGAAAUAUUAGGUGAGGAGGCUUUGGAGGUGGAUACAAAGGCUUUGUAUGCCUUCAAAGGACUUGAUGCAGAGUAUGAUCUGAGGGGAAAUUGGCUUGGCCUCAUUGGUCUGGGUGGUUCGAUUACAUCGGAGGCAAGGCAGGUAGUUUUGGUGAACCAUCCAAAAGUGGAGACAGGUAUUACGAAAACUACUGAGGUGUUACAACCUGUUCAAGAGAUUGAUUUGAAUAUACAUGUGAUGGUUGAGACAAUUGGAUCUUAUGAAGGCUUCUCAUCUAUUAUUCAUAAUGAGGAGAGGAUUGGAAGGAUUCAGGGGAUUAAGGUAAACCACCAUGUCAAGCCUCUUUCCCAUGUAUUCUUUGUGGAUGACUCGGUGCUUUUUAGCCAAGCUACGGAGAUGGAGGCGGUAAGUGUUAAUAGCUUGCUUCAACGCUAUGCGGAGGGUUUAGGGCAGUUUAUUAAUUUGGAGAAGAGUUUGGUUCAUUUUAGCUCUAGGUGCUCACAGUUUUUGAAAGCCCACCUAUCAAAAAAUUUGGGUGUCAAGCAUCAAGAGGGUUUUGGGAAAUGCUUGGGUAUUCAAGCAUAUUUUGAGGGGUCGAAGAAGAAAAUGUUUGAAGAAGUACGUAAUAAAUUGGAUGAGAUAAUUAACGGGUGGAUGGAGCAAUUCUUAUCGGUUGCUGGGAAUGAGAUAAUUAUUAAAAGUGUGGCCUCAGCUCUACCUAACUAUACAAUGUCAUGUUUUCAGUUACUUGUUCAAUUGGCCAAAGAGACACAACAAGUGAUUGCAAGAUGCUCCGGUGGGGCAAGGUACUUCAUGGGGAUGGAAAGGGAUUAUGUAGGGGAGGAAAGUAUUGAAGGCUGGCAUUCGAAAGAGGGUGGGGGAUGGGAGGAAUAUUAG